GAUUUCACUUCUUUUUCUAGUUCUUUAUUAAAAUGUCAACUUCUCACAUACAUGCAUACAUGUUAGAGCUGGAAUCUGAUCUGAAACAUGAGAGCAGACAACUCAAACAACUCAUGGAAAAACCUUAGCAACAACCUUAGCAACAAAGGCCGUCGAUGGGCGUGUGCGACGAGCCGACGUUAGCUUGUCGGCAAGGACCCAUGACCCUGACACGAGGUUCCUUCACCUACUCCAACGGCGAGGAGUACCACGGCGAAUGGAAAGAAGGUCUGCGUCACGGCCUGGGUCAGCUGACCUUCAGCGACGGGACGUGUUACACCGGUCAGUUUGAGAACGGCCUCUUCAACGGCUGCGGGGUUCUGGUCUUCACCGACGGCUCCAGGUAUGAAGGUGAAUUCGUUCAGGGGAAAUUUCAAGGCUCCGGCGUCUUCACUCGCUUCGACGGGAUGAGGUUUGAGGGCGAGUUUAAAGGCGGAUGUGUGGAUGGUUACGGAGUGCUGUCGUUUGCGGACGGAGGCCCCGGUGGCGGUGGCGGUGGCGGCAGCAGCCAUGAGGGCUUGUUUGAGACCAACCAGCUGAUAAGGAGGGAGAACAGUCAGGGCGCCGUGCAGAGAGCGCAGGCAGCAGCCGCCAAGGCCCGCGCUCUGGCCAUGUGACCCGAACUACAACACCCACAAUGCCCCGGUGCCAGGAUCAUCUUCCUCCUAUCAUUCUCCUCUCGGUUUGAGCAGCUGAUUGUUAUUUAUGAAGAGAUUAACUCACUUUUCUUCUUUCUUAUUGUAUUUUAUUUUCAUGCCUGUGACUUGCAGUAUUCCCUGGAGUACAACCCGACGGCUCCAGGAAGUUAAUAUGUUUAUAUAAUUCUAUUUAAUUGCGUUUCAGUUAGAGAGCCACUGAUUUACGAUCAGCUGAGUCCAACAUAGAUUUAGUGUUCAGUCAACUCACUGGUGCUAAAUAUGCUUCAGGGUCAGCUAACCUGACAAAACACAACUCUGGAUUCAAAAAGUGCAUACAGACAUUUCCAAAUAAGCAUCGAUUUGGUGACUUUAAUGUCAAAGAUGAUCUUGAUAAAUGGGUUAAAACUGGGCUGAAUUUGGUUUAAAGUUGUUUUUUUUUUAGAUGUCAGAUAUCUUAACGAAUCCCUCGUUGAACAUAAUUAAAUUCAGCUUCCAACAUUUGCAAGUAAUUGAAGUCGUCUGAAAGAUUUUUGUUGGAUGAGAAAGAAGGAACUUUACAACUUUUUGUGAUAAUCUAACUAAUUAAUUAGCUGAAAAUGAGAUGAGCUGCAAAAUAUAUGGGUUGUGUGUGACACGUUAGGAGAACAGUUGUAGCCUAGUUUGCACACCUUUUUUUUGAUACAACUUGUGGAAAUCCCAAUUCAGAGCUAAGUUAAUAAGCUUAAACUAUUGAUAUGAUGAGCAACUUUAUUGUCUGACAAAUCUUUAAUGGAUAAAAUAUUAACCAGAUAUUGAACAUAUGAAUCAACGGUGAUUAGCAACAGCUGAUCUAAUCCUGCUGCUGGUAAUGUUUGAGAUGUUUUAACUGGUGAAAGUGACGAUCAGCACUGAUUAAAAAUGAUCAAUAAGAGAUUUAUUAGCAUCAGAGAACUUUGCCAACCAGGAACCGGAUUCAACAUGGAACCAGCAUUUGAAUUAGAACAUUUAACCUGCUACGUAUUGAAAUACAGUCAUUUAAAUACUCAUUUAAAAAAGGUUACAUAUAUAACACUUUGUUUUACAAGUCUGUAAUUUCCUUAUAAUAAAGGAAUAAUCUCAAUAA